AACCCCUGGUGGGGCCUUGUGUCCCCAGGCUCUCCAAGCCCCGACCGGCCUUCUAGCACUGCUUGCUUCUGCUGGGGCAGGAGUCACCAUGGCAACUGAAGAGUCCAUCAUCCGCAUCCCCCCGUACCACUACAUCCACGUGCUGGACCAGAACAGCAACGUGUCCCAUGUGGAGAUCGGGCCAAAGACUUACAUCCGGCAGGACAAUGAGAGGGUCCUGUUUGCCCCCUUGCGCAUGGUGACUGUCCCUCCACGCCAUUACUGCAUGGUGGCCAACCCCGUGUCCCGAGACCCCCAGGGCUCUGUGCUGUUCGAUGUCACAGGGCAAGUCCGGCUCCGCCACGCUGACCUAGAGAUCCGGCUGACCCAGGACCCCUUCCCCCUGUACCCGGGGGAGGUGCUGGAAAAGGACAUCACCCCCCUGCAGGUGGUUCUGCCCAACACUGCCCUCCAUCUUAAGGCGUUGCUGGAUUAUGAGGAUAAGAACGGAGACAAGGUGGUGGCAGGAGAUGAGUGGCUAUUUGAAGGGCCUGGCACCUAUAUCCCCCGGAAGGAGGUGGAGGUCUUGGAGAUCAUUCAGGCUACAGUCAUCAAGCAGAACCAGGCCCUGCGGCUGAGGGCCCGCAAGGAGUGCUGGGACCGGGAGGGCAAGGAGAGGGUGACAGGAGAAGAAUGGCUGGUCCGUGCCGUGGGCGCAUAUCUCCCAGCAGUGUUCGAGGAGGUUCUGGAUUUGGUGGAUGCUGUGAUCCUCACAGAAAAGACGGCCCUGCACCUCCGGGCUCUGCAGAACUUUCGAGACUUGAGAGGCGUGAGCCGCCGCACCGGGGAGGAGUGGCUGGUGACCGUGCAGGACACGGAGGCCCAUGUGCCAGAUGUCUGUGAGGAGGUGCUAGGGAUUGUGCCCAUCACCACCUUGGGCCCCCACAACUACUGUGUGAUUCUCGACCCGGUCGGACUGGAUGGCAAGAACCAGCUGGGGCAAAAGCGUGUGGUCAAGGGCGAGAAGUCCUUUUUCCUCCAGCCUGGAGAGCGACUGGAACGAGGCAUCCAGGAUGUAUAUGUGCUGUCAGAGCAUCAGGGACUGCUGCUGAGGGCCCUGCAGCCCCUGGAGGAGGGAGAAGAAGGAGAGAAGGUCUCCCACCAGGCUGGGGACCGCUGGCUCAUCCGCGGACCCCUGGAGUACGUGCCCUCUGCCAAGGUGGAGGUGGUGGAGGAGCGUCAGGCCAUCCCUCUGGAUGAGAAUGAGGGCAUCUACGUGCAGGAUGUCAAGACUGGAAGGGUACGUGCUGUGAUUGGAAGCACCUACAUGCUGACCCAGGACGAAGUCCUGUGGGAGAAAGAGCUGCCUCCAGGGGUGGAGGAGCUGCUGAACAAGGGGCAGGACCCUCUGGCAGACAGGGGCGAGAAGGAGACAUCCAAGACCCCUCAGCCCGCCACUGUCCGGAACAAGACCCGUGUGGUCAGCUACCGGGUCCCUCACAACGCAGCCGUGCAGGUAUAUGACUACCGGGAAAAGGAAGCUCGUGUGGUCUUUGGGCCCGAGCUGGUGUCCCUGGGUCCUGAAGAGCAGUUCACCGUGUUGUCCCUCUCGGCCGGGAGGCCCAAGCGUCCCCACGCUCGCCGUGCGCUCUGCCUACUGCUGGGGCCUGACUUCUUCACAGACGUCAUCACCAUCGAAACCGCGGACCAUGCCAGGCUGCAGCUGCAGCUCGCCUACAACUGGCACUUCGAUGUGAGUGACCGGAAGGACCCUAAAGAGACAGCCAAGCUCUUCUCGGUGCCGGACUUCGUGGGUGACGCCUGCAAGGCCAUCGCGUCCCGGGUGCGGGGGGCCGUGGCCUCCGUCACCUUCGAUGACUUCCACAAGAACUCUGCCCGCAUCAUUCGCAUGGCUGUCUUUGGUUUUGAGACCCUGGAAACCAAGGGGCCAGACAGCAGGGCCCUGCCCCAGCCCCGGGACCGGGCCAUCUUCCCCCAAAAUGGACUGGUGGUCAGCAGCGUGGACGUGCAGUCGGUGGAGCCCGUGGACCAGAGGACCCGGGAUGCCCUCCAGCGCAGCGUCCAGCUGGCCAUCGAGAUCACCACCAACUCCCAGGAGGCAGCUGCUAAGCACGAGGCUCAGAGACUUGAGCAAGAAGCCCGCGGCCGGCUUGAGAGGCAGAAGAUCUUGGACCAGUCCGAAGCUGAAAAAGCUCGCAGGGAACUCUUGGAGCUGGAGGCUCUGAGCACCGCCGUGGAGAGCACGGGGACUGCCAAGGCGGAGGCCGAGUCCCGUGCAGAGGCCCUGCGCAUCGAGGGAGAAGGCUCCGUGCUGCAGGCCAAGCUGAAAGCAGAGGCCUUGGCCAUUGAGACGGAGGCUGAGCUCCAGCGGGUACAGAAAGUGCGAGAGCUAGAACUGGUGUACGCCCGGGCCCAGCUGGAGCUGGAGGUGAGCAAGGCCCAGCAGCUGGCUGAGGUGGAGGUGAAGAAGUUCAAGCAGAUGACGGAAGCCCUGGGCCCCAGCACCAUCAGGGACCUCGCAGUGGCAGGCCCAGAGAUGCAGGUAAAACUGCUCCAGAGCCUGGGCCUGAAAUCAACCCUCAUCACCGAUGGCUCCACUCCCAUCAACCUCUUCAACACAGCCUUAGGUCUGCUGGGGCUUGGGUCUGAGGCCCUGCACCCGGCCCAGAAGGCGACCGGCGUGCCGGGCGCCCGGGAGGGCUUGCUUCUCCAGUCCGCUCCCGCCCCUCAGGCCGCUGGGGGCAACCAUGUCGUGCCUUAGCUCCCUGCUGCACUCAUGAAUAAAACACUUCUGGGCAUUGAA